UGGAAGAUGAGGUAACUCAAUCCAACUCCAAACGACCCAAAUCCAAAAUGACCAAAACCUAAAAACUAAAGGCCGAGACCAAAGAGACCCGCGACUGAUAAACAUCCGAUCUUAAAUUGUCUGAGUCCUAAAUUGAUUCGAAUUGUAACAAUCCGACUAAAAAUUGAUACGACCAGUCCGUUUGUGAUCUCUACAAUCACCGGUUAAAGAACCAAAAAAGUGUUUUGGGUAAUUGAUUGAGAGAAAUAGAAAUGGAUGUUUGAAGUGUGCGAUUUAUGAGAAAAGAGAGGCAUAAAUAAGAAGAAGGAACUAAGCACCGAAGCAAAGGAAGAAGAGAAGAAGGGGAAAAUAAUAAUAAUAAUAAUAAUAAUAAUGGAGGGAGAAGAAGGAGGAGGAAUAAGAUUGAGCAAGAGAAUUAAUAAUGGUGAAGUUGAUUACAAAACUAAAUCCGGAACUGCUUGGAGCCAUUCUUAUCUAAACCAAAAGCCAUGGCAUCCUCUUUCCUAUCCUAAUCAACGCCGCAAGUGGAUCGCCGAACAGACCCAUGCCCAGCGCCAGAAACGCACCGAAGAAGUUUCUCGCGAAUAUGCUCAGGAGCAAGAAUUCUUUCGUCAGACUGCUCUUAUCUCCAAGAAAGAGAAGGAAAAGAUAGAAACGAUGAAAGCUGUUAGCUUUAUGUAUGUCCGUCCACCUGGUUAUAAUGCGGAAAGUGCUAAGGCAGCAGAGAUUGCUGAUGAGAGGAAAAGACAAGAAGAGGACGACCCUUCUUCUCAGCCUGCGCUGUUACCAGAGUCAACCUCUAGUAGAGAUCCUUUAGGAGAAGAAAAGAAGAAACUAAGGCCGAAAGAUGUAUUUGGUCGCCCUGUACCCACUGAAGAAGAGUUUCAAGUCCUUAAAAAUGCUCCAAGGCUGGAGACAGGUCUUCCUGCAAGGGUGAAGCCAUUUGGUAUUGAAGUGCGCAAUGUAAAAUGCAUAAGAUGUGGCACUUAUGGUCAUCAAAGUGGUGAUCGUGAAUGUCCUCUAAAAGAUGCUAUAAUGCCUAACGAAGAGAGUCGAUUAAAAAGAGAUGAUCCGUUGACUGCCAUCAUGGCUCAAAUGGAUCCUAGCGAGCAGCCGUUAAAGUGGGAGCUGAAGCAAAAACCAGGAAUGAGUCCUCCUCGUGGGGGUUUUGAUCCAGAUGAUCCCAAUCAGCAAAUUGUUGCUGAGGACAUAUUUGAUGAAUAUGGAGGAUUUCUCGGUGGUGAUAUCCCUGAGUUGCUGACAAAUUUUUCUCCCACGAAAUCCAGAAAGAAAAUAAAAAAGCAUAAACGCAAGAAAAAUCCAUCACCUAGUAAAGGAUUCACAACGUCUGAAGAAGAUGGGUUAUCCUCACCUUCAGAUAAUGAGGAGAGUAGAUCAAAGAAAUUAAAGACAAAGAAGAAGCUGAACCAUCCUGAAUCAAGCUCCUUUGAUGACCUGAAGUUUGGUGGGCAUUCCAGGAAGAGUAGACGCAAGCAUUCAUAUUCACCUGAUGAAUCUGGCUGCAAUAGGUAUCAUAGGAGUAAAAGGAGCAAGCAAAAGCAUUCUUAUUCAUCUGAUGAUUCUGGCUGUGAUAGGCAUCACAAGAGUAAAAGGAGCAAGCAGAAGCCUUCAUAUUCAUCUGAAGAUUCUGGUUAUGACAGGCAUCACAGGAGUAAAAAUAGCAGACGAAAGCAUUCUUAUUCAUCUGAAGAAUCCGAUUUUGAAGAGCGCCGGAGAAGUGAGAACAGAAAGAAACAUCUAGCUUCAUUUGAACAUUCCUCCCCUGAUAGGCAUCACAAGAAUGAAAAGAAACAAAAAAAAUCUUAUAAACAUUCAUCUGAUGACUCUGACUUCGGUAGGCGCUGUGGAAGUAAACACAGCCGCCACUGUCAUUAGUGUAGUUCUGUAUCAGAGAGAGUUUUCAGAUGCCUUACAUUCCUUUUCUAAAGUAUGUUUUAGUAACCAAUGGUCAACUGUUCUUCGAGAUAUUCAUUUGGAGAUGAAGCAUCUGUAAAAUUUCGAAGUCAAUGUAUGCAUUGUACAAACUUCUGUAAAGCUUUUUCAUAGCUGAGACUGCUUUUUAGAUCAUUGGUAUCUUUGUGAAAAAUUUCAAUGGAAUGCAAAUGAGUCGUGGCCAUUAUAGAGUA